AUGUUUUCAGCGCGUCCAUUACACUCGCUGCAAUGGUCGCAGUCUAUCAAGCUUGGCUGUCAAUGGACGGCGAGUAGACGGGUUGCUGCUCGUCCAGUGUCGACUUUUGCUGCGCUGGCCUCGCGACCUCAAUCCGAACACCAAAUCUACCAGUCCCUCUCCGACGACCCUUUCGUCAACCUAUCCAUUGAGAAUUUCCUCUACGAACACUCGCCUUCAGACUCCAAAAUCCUCUUCCUUUACAUAAACCGGCCCUGCGUCGUUAUCGGACGGAACCAGAACCCAUGGCUCGAGACAAACUUGCAUCUAUUAAAGAGCAGCACAGGGAACGGACAAGGAAACAAUGCCGAUAACAAUGCGCUGUUUGUUCGGCGGCGGUCUGGCGGUGGUGCUGUAUUCCACGAUGAAGGGAAUCUGAACUUUAGCGUGAUUUGCCCGAAGCCGAUUUUCCAUCGAGACAAACACGCAGAGAUGGUGGUUAGGGCGUUGAAGGGCGUUGGUGCUUUGAACACAAAAGUUAAUGAGCGACACGAUAUUGUCCUGGGUCAGGAUCCGCAAGAAGAACCGUCUUCAAAGGUGGUUAAGGCUGGACCUACGGAUCAAGAUAUUGAAAGCCCGCCUCUGGAGAACCCCGUCCGGGCCGUCAAAGUCUCGGGCUCGGCAUAUAAACUGUCAAGAUUCCGUGCUUUGCACCAUGGUACCUGUUUGAUUGACUCGCCAAACCUCAAAGAUAUUGGACUCUUUUUGAGAUCACCUGCCCGCCCAUAUAUCAAGGCAAGAGGUGUUGAGAGUGUCAGAUCGCCAGUUGGAAAUAUAUCUUCAGCAUUGGAUGAAUCAGUCCGGCCGUUUCUCAUGCAACAAAUAAUUGAGAAAAUUAUGGAGGAGUUUGCCCUGAUGUAUAACGUGGAUAGCAAUGCUCUACGAAAGGCUCAAAGGGCUCACGUGAACGACCCUGAGGUAUCUUCAGGUAAUAACUGGGUCACUGGCAUAUUGACCGAUGAGGAUGCUAAGAAUGAGCCUGAAGUGUGCAAAGGUGUCCAAGAACUCCACUCUUUGGAGUGGAAGUACAACCAAUGUCCCCAGUUUACCUUUUCUACGUAUCCAACGGAGGAAGAUCCUCGGCCUAGACCAGAGCCAUCAGCUGCCAUCUCUCCCUCGACUCAGGCCUUUUUACGGGUUAAAUCUGGCCAAAUAAUCGAAAGCAACAUUUCUAUAUCAUCAGACCCCGAAAUAGCACAGCAUGAAGCAAAAUGUGUCCAUGAGAUUCUCCACAACAAGCGUCUGCACGAGAUAUCUGACUGGGCAUCAGUGCUUAGCUCUGCUUCCAAGGCUGCAAGCCAAAAUAGCGCAUACCCCGGCGCGUUUGGGUCAGCUUCUCCAAACGGCGAACUCUCAGGCCUUGCCAAGUGGCUUAACAGUAAGCUUGGGCAUUAA